GCCAUGUUGACUUGCUAAAAUCAGUAAAUAUGCGAAUAAUGCAAUAGAAUAGAAAAUAAAACAAAACCUACUUCAAAAAUCAAUUUUAAUACAAUAUUAUAUGAAUUUUGAUGGUAACACGUAACGGAGAAACCUUUAAAGUUUAUGUCAUAUUCGUACAGCUGACUACUCAACAGUGACAAUACCUAGCUAUUGGUUUUUUAAUCCUACAAAUGUUUACUGAAUUAUUGAUGUGUAAUUAUUGUUCUCAUAAUGCGUGCUUCAUCAUGUUUAUCAAAAUCAAUUUCUAAUGAAUAAAACGUUUUAAGAUGUGUUAUUUAUAAAGAGCUAUAUCACACACUUAAAGUUAAACAAUACCAAGACGGAAAAAAAACCAAUCCUCCCAGAGAGUAUUUGAAGCGUGUAUUGUCUACUUCAACAGAAGUUUCGGUGACAGAGUUGUAAUAGUAUUUUACUUACAGAGGUAACACAUAACCUGUAGCUAUGGAAGAAUUUAGACAAGAUACACCGAUAUCAAGACACAGAAAAUACCAUUCACCUUUCACAAGAAAAAAAUAUCGUUCCCGCCGGCAAAUUUAUAUCUCGAACCAAGAAUCUUAUAGCUCAGAUGAAGACGAUACACAUUCAGAUGAAUAUUCUGAUACAACAAAUGUAGCUGCUCGUUCAUUGAAUGAAGGUGUAGGCGAAGAGCAGAUAGAACAAAAGAAGAAAACGGCAAUUGACAGGGGGAAUAUUUCAAGAUUCGAGAAUGGUUAUUCUGUUGAUCGACCUAAAAGUCCGACUCCGCAGAUUCCGCUUUCCGAUGAAGCAUGGAAGAACCCACCGAGACGUAAACACUACUUUAAUCCUUUUUUGAAACCGGAAAAACAAACUAUACCGGAAGAAAAACGAUGUAUUCAAGAAAAAGUAACUGCAGUAGACAGGCCAUUUGAAUUAAAACUAGCCGAACAAUACAUUUCAAAUUUCAUAACUGAACAUGCUAAAAUAGCACCAAAAAUGCAAACUACACUGGUUGGAGAAAUAAAUGAUCUCGAAAAAGUACAGGCAGUAUGCAGGCCAUUUGAAUCAAAACAAGCCGAACAAUACAAUUCAAAUUUGAUAACUGAACAUGCUAAAACAGCACCAAAAAAGCAAACUACACUGGUUGGAGAAAUAAAUGAUCUCGAAAAAGUACAGGCAGUAUGCAGGCCAUUUGAAUCAAAACAAGCCGAACAAUACAAUUCAAAUUUGAUAACUGAACAUGCUAAAACAGCACCAAAAAAGCAAACUACACUGGUUGGAGAAAUAAAUGAUCUCGAAAAAGUACAGGCAGUAUGCAGGCCAUUUGAAUCAAAACAAGCCGAACAAUACAAUUCAAAUUUGAUAACUAAACAUGCUAAAAUAGCACCAAAAAAGCAAACUACAAUGGUUGGAGAAAGAAGUGAUCUCGAAAAAGUACAGGCAGUAUGCAGGCCAUUUGAAUCAAAACAAGCCGAACAAUACAAUUCAAAUUUGAUAACUGAACAUGCUAAAAUAGCACCAAAAAAGCAAACUACACUGGUAGAAGAAAUAAGUUAUCCAGAAAAAGUACAGGCAGUGAACUGGUCAAAUGAAUUAAAACCAGCCGAAAUGUACAGUUCUAAUGUUAAAAAUCAGAGACUGAGGAAACAAAUACAAAGUAUACCCAACCCGGAAAGGGUAUUUUAUCCAGAAAAAGUACAUACUGUGACCAGUCCAUGUCCAUUCGGACCUAAAAACUCCAUGAAUAUAUCUACUUCAAGAGCACCAGAGAUACAAACUACAUUGGAAAAAAGAAAAGUAUCUGCGCUAUGUAGCUACGACAAACUUCAGAAAAAGGGAUUUUUAUUGGUCAUAAACUUUAUGUUCACUGGCAAAUAUAAACGAACAGGUUCGGAUGACGACGUUGGGAAAUUGUGUAAAUUUUUCACUAAUUUAAAGUAUGAUGUUGAUUGUCGAGUCGAUAUGACCACAGAAGAACUUAGAACUUGUCUAGAAAAUGUGCGGCAUAACUACCUGAGCAGGGAUUCAUCAAAAUACUAUUGUUUCAUAUGCGUUAUUAUGAGUCACGGAAAUGAGGUAAAGCUUAUGACGUUGGUUACAUCAUCACUAUUAUCAAAACAAGCAGUUCCUUUAGGUAAAAUUGGACUUAUAUCCAUUUAG